AGUCCCUCUCUGCCUGACCCCAUACCAAUACUCUCUCUCUCUCUCUCUCUUCUCCCACCCCUUCCGCUUCCCUCUCUCUCUCUCUCUAAUAUACUAACAUGACGAGCAGCAGAGGCGAUGGCGGCUCUAGGGUUUCGAUUCCGGCCGAUCUGCUUAAAACCAUUCAAAACAUCAGAGAGGUUACCGGAAAACAACAUUCCGACGAGGAUAUCUUCUCUGUCUUUAAGGAGUGUUUCAAUGAUCCACAUGAGACCACUCAGAAGCUCCUCUAUUUAGAUACAUUUCAUGAGGUGAGAAGCAAAAGGGAGAGAAAGAAAGAGAAUUUAGUACUAAAUACACAAGGAAGGAGCAGGACUGCACGGAGGAACUUUGGUUCAAGUUAUACAGAUACCAGCAAUGGAAGAAGUGCAGCUUUUAAAAAGCAGAGUGGAGCUAAUCACAUAAAAGGACGUUCUGGAACUGUUUUCUCUUCUCCCAACAAUGCAAUAAACGACACAAAACCUUCUUCCAUAAAGUCCCCUAACCCUAUAAUUUCUCCAAGUGGAAUCAGUAACCAUAAAAUUCAAGAGGCUUCCAUCUCCCCUGUGAACAAGGAAGUCACAGAGGAACAGCCUCUCUCCAAGUCUACUUCUUCUUCUGAGGAUGUUGUUGAGCCGGAUAAGUCUAAAGCAAGUACUGUACCAGUGGCUGUAUCCGAUUCUGUUGUAAAAAACGACACUCAAUAUACUCUAGAUGGAACUUCUCAGAUCUCACAGCAAUCAUCUAUGAUUGUCACUUCUAAUUACAGCCAGUCAGAGCAAGUCGGUAAAAGUGAUGCUGCAGCCAAUAAAGGCAAGAAUCAAUCGCUUCUCGAGUCAGGUGUUGGUGAACGGUCGCACGUAACAUUUCCUGUCCACCUUCAGGUUGCCAAAAUGCUUGAAAAUGGUCUAACAUUUGGGAGUUUCGAUUCCAAUUUUGUGAAAGAGGCAUCUUCUGACAAUUGUACUAUUGGGUGUGAUGACUCCAAUAUCGAGUCUUCUCAUGGGACAGCAACUAGGAAAGAUAUAUCAACUAUUUCUCAAGAUGAGGAUCAUGAGAUUUUAAAUUCAGCAUCUGAGACUGAGCCAUCAUUGCAGUCAGAUCAAACCCUUCACCCUGUAGAAGGUUCGGAAGGAGAUAAACCACUCACAGACACUCAUCAGGCCCCAAAUUGUGAUGCUCAACCUAUCUCCUAUCCUGAUCAGUACUCCAUAGCAGCCUAUCAACAGGCAAUGCACCUUUUUAGGCAACAAUUCCCUCUAAAUUUGUUCCCUUACGGUCCCUAUCUUCCACCCUUUUAUAUGCCGCAUCCAUACAUUCACCAGUUCGUGAGCCCAAACGGGUACCAACAACAGUCUUACUUACCGCCGCCUGGAGAUGAUGCUUCACCACCUUCAGGGGUUAAACUCCCUCUCACUCACAUCAAGUCAGGAAGCGACAUUGAAAACUCCCCACCUACCACAAUUCCAUCCCCAUAUGAUUUGUACGCCUUCAACCACUUCCCAUCAGCAGCCACUGUAACCUCUACCAACAAAGAAGAAAAGAAGGAAAACAUUUACUCAACUGGACCACCGAGUCUAGCCAAUCUGCAGGCCAGUCCCAUGUACAACUUACCCUUUCAGUGUCAACCACUAGCUUUCCCGACCAUGCAGGCUGGGUUUACGGGAAUAUACCAACAAUCACAGCCCAUUCUGGCGCCUCCUACUAUAUCUGCGAGGACUGAACCCAUAGGACCCUCACAUAUUACGAAUCAGCAACCUCAAGCUGCACUAACAAAUCAGGGGAACAACUAAUAGGUCAAGGAGAAUUACUAGAAAGAUGCACAUUCAGAUUGGUAAGAGAUGUUGAAGCCUGGAUUUUUGAGUGAUUUUGUGUACAUACUUAGGAUACAUCAUCCCCCAAGAAGAAAUUAGUGUGUGGGCAAUUUGAAGAGGGGACAAGAGAAUUGGUGCCUUUAGUUUUUUUUUUGUUUUUGUGAGAACCACAAACAAAGUCUAAAGGAUCUCGUUUAUCUGUAAUUCUUCUGAAUUUCACUAUAUAGACAAGUGAUCAGUUUAUAUGAUGAAGUGGUGCAUUUCA